AUGGGGCUAGAGUCUAUCGAGGAUGCAAAAGGGAAGGAGCGUGGUGAGGAUAGAGCAACGCCGAAGGGGCAGGCAGGAGCGAGAGAAGCAGGAUCGGGGAAGGAGAAACACAGGUCUGAGGUCAGCUUGGUGCAGCACAACAAUGGGCGAGAGCGCGGCACUGGUCUCACAUCAAGCGAGACGUCGGCAGACGAUGGAAGACGAGACUCGGCCCUCGCUUUGGGUCUGCCGCGACAUAUUGAGGGAUCAACAAGGCGAGAAGCGGCUCAAAAGGCGAAGCGGGCGAACGUGUAUACUGUGAAAGAGAAGGGGGCGCAGAGGCAGGCUGAAAACUACAACAUACACAUUUACACAUUGCAGAUUGAGGUACCACCAAAGUCGACGACCAGACCAUUUUGGGACACUCUUCACGAUGAUGUUCCUCAAUCCACUUUUGGUGUAAAAUGUCUUGCAGAUUACCGGCUAGAGAAGGACAUUGCAGGACUUGUAUCGACGGGCUGA